AGCGUGGUGUGGCAGUUCUGGUUUUUCUGACACGAAGGAUGACACUUGUCAAUGCUUGCUUUUAACUAACCGUGAAUUUCAGUUUGAUGACCGACCCCCUUGAACACUCUUUUUUUUUUUAAGCCUCACUUGAACUGAACUCGUUUCUAAUUUACCAUUCAUUUUGGUAUUUUCUAUAUUGGUCUAUGAGUAGCUUAGUUUUUAAAUUCAGCAGCAACUCACAAUUACCACCACCCUUUUGUUUUUGUUCAUGAGUGUGGCGGCUUCUUAUUUAUGACUUCAAGCUAAUCAUCUUUUCUUCUUGUUGUUUGCUAUUUUUUUAGUUAUAAACUGGCUUGUGCUGUAUGUUAGGCUUCUUAUUUCAUGUUAAUAUGUUAUUUACCUUGGCGAUUUCAACUUGUACUUUAUCUUAAGAAUAAGCUUCAAGGCUAAACCAAUGUACACACCUUGUGCAGGACAGACAAAGCUGAUUCACUUAGGAGCCUCAAGAGCUAUGUCUACAUCUUCUCGUGCUCUUCCCACUCCCUUGGAAAACAAGUAUAUGAAACCCCCAGAUUCUUUUCAGCUUUCACCCGUCAGAGAUCUGACUGCAAAUUCUGCCUCAUCAAAUUCAAUCAGAAGUGCUGGGAAGAUGUUGUCUUCACCUUCUGAAUGUCCCGAUGAUAUCCCUUUUUCCUUUGUUUCUCAGACAUCAGGUGACAAUGUGUCUUCCGAAAUUCAUUCAACAGCAUUGAUUUCUCACCCUCAAGAUAAUGAAGAUCUUUCCUGGGGACCAGAUCCAUUUCAGGAUAUUCUUGGCUUUCCUGAAAAUGUUUCUGUCCAGCAUGAUCAGGUGCAAAACAAUGGUUGUUACAUAAAUGAUGAUAAUGUCAAAAGAUCUGAUUUUGGGGAGUGGGUUGAUCAGUUAAUGUCAAUUGAUGAUUCUCUUCACCCGAACUGGAGUCAACUUCUUGGUGAUGACAAUGUAGCAGAACCAAAACCAAAGGCAUCUCAUGUUCCUCAGCAGCAGCAUAUAGCAUCUGUAGAAGUUGUUGGCAAUUCAGCAUCAACUGCACCGCAGACUAAGCCUAGAAUGCGUUGGACUCCAGAACUUCACGAGGCCUUUGUGGAAGCAGUUAAUCAGCUUGGUGGUAGUGAUAAGGCUACUCCAAAGGGUGUGUUGAAUCUAAUGAAAGUUGAGGGCCUUACUAUCUAUCAUGUAAAAAGCCACUUGCAGAAGUAUAGAACUGCCAGAUAUAAACCAGAGCCGUCAGAAGGAAAUUCUGAGAAAAAGGUGACUCCAAUGGAAGAAAUGAAAUCUCUAGAUUUGAAAACGAGUAAGGGGAUCACUGAAGCAUUACGUUUACAGAUGGAACUCCAGAAGCGACUUCACGAACAACUUGAGAUCCAAAGAAAGUUGCAGAUUCAAAUUGAAGACCAAGGGAAACGUCUUCAGAUGAUGUUUGAGAAACAGGGAGAGAUGGGUGACAACAAGGUUAAUGGCUCCUCGGACACAAACGAGGAAGGCGACAAAUUUGAAAGCAUUCCAAAAGCCAUGCCUGAAGAGAAGGAUUCAAGCACAAGAAAACAAAUAGCAGGUGAAGCUGAAGAAGUGAUCAAUGAAGAUGAAGCUGCACCACCCACAAAACGGGUGAAAAGUUCAUAACAGCAAGAUCGUUUUAUGGUUCUAGAUUUGUUUAAUAUUCUUAGACUGGUUUGGACUGCAUGGAACUUGUAAAAAUAUUAUUGGAUCCAAGGAUGUUUCGACUUGCUCAUUUAUCACUGCCAGAAGUAAAAUCUUGUUUUAUAUUUGUUAUCA